CUGCGCUCCUCCCCAGCUUCCGCCACUGCCUCGGCGGUCGCCUCUCCAGGCGUUCGAAGGUCACCCGUGCGUCAUUCGCCCGUCCGGGUUUCCAUGGCCUCGUCACCGGCAUCGUCUGGGCCUAGGAGCUCGCCGUCCGUCACCAGUCUUACCAGCGUCCUCCGGGCUUCGCCUUCGAUGCACCAGCAAUCCCCCGGCAGCCGUUCCAGCUCGCCCGCAAUGCAGUCCACUUCAGCAGGCAUGAACGUGACCAUGGGCGGUCCCACGCCCUCCUUCUCCCCAUUGGCAACAUCCAUCGGCCCGGCAGCCCCGCCCACCAGCUGGCAUCCAACCAGCUCCGCUUCCCCCUCCACCUGGCAACCGGCCUACACGCGACCCACUUACGCGAGCACCAAUCCGUUCCUCACAGGGGCGUACAUGAGCUACACGCCUGGCAGCGGUGGUGCAGCUACCAGUAGCGGAGGCAACGCGGGGAGUGAGGAGAAGUUCAAUACCAUCGGAUCUACUAAGGAGGUAAAAUCGUUCUUUGAGAGCUACGCGGCUACCGUUGAGGCAUCGAGGUAUUCAACGAUGAAUUCUAAAACUUCAAGCACCUACAACACCGAGGCUGAAACCAACGGCAAAGUUAGCUUCCUCUCAUCUGGGUUCACAAUGGAAAAGUACAGUGUCGAAUAGCAGCUCAACAGGCCUGUUGAACGUAGAGGAGACGCCGACGCCAACGAGCAGUAUCGAGACCGAGGACAGCGCCACCAGGGAGGUGGGCGAGAAAGACGUCGAAGGGGACGGGGAGCAAAGCGACUGAAUUUUACACAAAUCUACACUUUAAUGUAUAUCGAAUAGUUUAGGACAAAUAUUGGGAUGCUCGAAAAUACCUAGAUAAUGUGGUUCUUCAAUUAUUAAGGCUACGAUGUGUGAUUGCCCAUUUGCAAUGAGGUACGAACCACCGGCUCCGUGAUGACUGCUAUGCUGACUCGCAUGUUGAUCAAGUCAAGGUAAACGUAAAACAUUAUAAAAUCCUGAUGAAUAUGCUUGAUUGGACUCGUGCAGAUAUCGAAGUGAACGGGUCUUAGUUAAUGAUAUAUUGGACCUUGGUACUGAAAUAAUUAUUUUCUUAUAGAUCAAAAUGUUUCUCAUGAGUUCGUGAUUUCCAAGGAUGAGAAAUAUGACAACAUUCUAUUUGUCAACAUAGUAUGUGGAUCACACUAGUUACAGUGCC